CUAGAUGUUACAAUACAGCCAUCAUCGCCAAAAGUGCGCGACGUUAGUCCGUUUUAGCAGCCAUCAAGGGCUGCGCAACGCGCCCCACACCGAACGAGCAACCAUCCAUCGCCGCAUCCCCACUAUUUUCCUUCUCUUUAUACACUUUCCCUCCCAAGGUCAAGAUUGCAUACAUUUUGCUUUCUCCCUCCUAUGCUGCAACGUCGGCAAGCGUCUUGUAGUCAUGUCGGAAGGAGGGGAGUCACAGCAGCAGCCGCCGCCGCCGGCUGCCAAUGCUAACAAUGAUAAACCGCGGCCAAAGCCUGUUAUGACUUCUACUUUCAUAAACAAGGGCGCAAAAGUGUUCGCUCCCAAAGUCAAGGGUCGAAGAAGACCUGCUGCCGCUACUCCUACCACCACUUCACAACCUCCAGCUUCUACCGAUUCGACAAGUGCGUCGCAAGCACAAACACAACCAGACAUCCGACCAGCCGAUGCCCAAUUACCAACGCCGCAAGCAACCCAAGAAUCUGCGAUACAAGAUGCAACACACUCUGAGCAAAUUACAACCUCGCCUUCCACCGAGGCAGUUUCCGUUCCCGAGUCUUCGUCGAGUAUUACGCCAACCAGUGUUUCGAUCCAACCACAGACACAAACAAGCAGCGUUGUUCCCGCAGCCGAUUCCCUGCGUGCGAUCCAGGCAAACUUCACACAGCCAAUUAAGGAUACCCAGGCCGCAGGACCCAGAUCGGAAGUGACCCGCACAGAACCUCUCGUUUCAGACGAUGGCAACAAGGCAUCCCCAUUACCUACCGAACCCACGCAGUCCCGAACAGACUCUCUCCAGAAGCCUACGCCCGAAACCAACGGGGCAAAUAAUACUCAGAAUGCCCGGGAAGAUACUAACACAUCGGUCGCUCCACCAGAGGUGCUCCCAGAAGCAUCUCCGGUGAUUGAUCAGACAGAGCAUACGAGCAAUCAUAGAAGUACGCCGGCGCCGGCAGCAGCGGACCCAAUAGAGCUACCAAAUCAAACGUUACCAUGGACAACUGUAAAUGCGGCACAAGAAGAAGGCGAGGAGACAGGCGAGGGAGCAGGCGUGACCACAACGAAACCCAAACCCAGGGCGAAGCGGAGGAAAGGACCAGUGACUCUCAGAAAUAUGGAUGAGGAGGAAGCAGAGGAGGGCGAAGAGGACGCAGAUUAUGUAAAGCCGAAAAGAAAACCCGCGAAACCUCGGAGCAAGAAAAGGACUACCGAAGCAGUUCCUGCCGGCGAUGAAGUGACCGAAGAUGCUACUCGCCCUACAAAGAAACCACGCAGAACAAGGAGAGGAAAUACAACGGAAAAUGCUGAGCAGACAACUGCUGGAGACAACGCGCCAGAAAACGAUGCAACUCCAGCUCGACCAAAAGCUAAUCGAAAACCGAGAAAGAGAACCACUCAAUCGCAGGAUGGUGUCAUAGAGGGGGAGCCUGAAAGUAAUGGAGCACAAGCACCCAGACGGAAAGGACGUCCGCCACGUGAAGAAACACCUUCCGACGCUGAAAAUGAAACCAUCGAUGUGGAGACUACAUUCAUGGGCAAUCUCGCGGCUCGCAACAUUCGAGUCGGCAAACUAUCUCAGCGAGAAAAGAAGAUGAGGGAGGUGAACUGGGACGAGAUCAGGGCAAAGUGGAGGGAAGAUGAUGCUUUGGGCAGCAGCCGCAGCCGCGAAGAGCAAGCGGAAGCCUUGCGGAAGCUGAACGAAGCAGCCCAAAACAGUGGUGCCAUUCAAUCGCAGGGAGAACAGCUAGAGAUAGGAGAGGAUGGGCAAUUUCGACUCAAAGCUACCGCGCGAGUUAUUGAUCAGGGUGCGGAAGCAGAUCGAUACUUUGAAACCAUGGAGACGGUGGCCGAAGACGACCUGACUAACCGCAUCACGCACAAAAGCUUCUUGCGCAACAAUAAAAGACACCCACAGGAGUUCAUGCUACCAGGGCAAGGUCGGCGUUGGAACCUCAAGGACACGAAUGACUUUUACGAUGCUCUGCGAAUGUUUGGAACGGACUUCAUGAUGAUCUCGACACUGUUUCCGGGCGCCACCCGUCGUUCUAUUAAACUCAAGUUUGUUCGUGAGGAACGGGCCGACCCCGAUGGUAUCCGCGAAGCUCUUCACGGGAAGGUCAAUAGUGACUGGGACCAAUACCUUAUCAACUCUGGCCGUCAAGAAUCCGAUUUCAAGGACCCGGACGAGAUCAUGCGCGAGCUUGAGGAGGAGAAGCGCUCGUUCAACGAACAGAUUGCGGCGGCGAAGGAAGCUGCUGAGGAGGAGAGACGGCAGAGGCGGCUGGCGGGUAUCGACAGUGACGCCGAGGAGGCUGGGGAGAAGGAGAAUGCAAAUGGCAAGAAGAAGAAGGGUAAAAAAGACAAGACAGUCCAGUUUGCGGAGGAAGGAGUCGAGAUCUUGGGCGCUGUGGAUGAAGACGAUGGGUGGGGACAGUAG